UAUUCUAUUGUUUAGGGGGGUUUAUCGUAUCAACAAUAUUAUCCGUCUGUUCCAUUUUGAUAGAUAGAGUGAAGAACGGAUAGACAUAGUAGAGAGACAUGAGUGCUGCUGCUUCUCUUAUUCCUGUUUCCUGGUUACCCUCUCUCGCUUCUCCAUUCAAGGGAAAUGUGAAAACAUUGGUAGCAAAACCAUAUCUAUGUCCAUGUCUCAAAAUUCAGCGAACAAAACACCGUGUUUCUGUCAUUAAUAAGUCUGUUUCUGCUUCCGUACAACCAGCCGGUGAGAAUGUUCGGUUUCGGUUGGACAAUUUGGGUCCACAACCGGGUUCAAGAAAGAGAGCAAAGAGAAAGGGAAGAGGUAUAGCGGCUGGACAAGGAGCGAGUUGUGGUUUUGGAAUGAGAGGUCAAAAAUCUCGAUCUGGACCCGGUAUCAUGAGAGGUUUUGAAGGUGGUCAGAUGCCGCUUUAUCGACGAUUGCCCAAACUUAGAGGAAUUGCAGGAGGUAUGCAUGCUGGAUUGCCGAAAUAUGUCCACAUCAAUCUGAAAGACAUAGAAAAUGCUGGAUUUCAAGAAGGGGAAGAGGUGUCUCUGGAGACACUGACGGAGAAACGUGUGAUUAACCCAUCAGGAAGGGAACGGAAACUUCUAUUGAAGGUUUUGGGGGAAGGAGAACUAGGCAAGAAGUUGACAAUAAAAGCUGGUGCCUUUUCCACAUCAGCAAAGGAGAAACUUGAGUCUGCUGGUUGUUCCAUCACUGUGAUUCCUGGCCGUAAGAAAUGGGUUAAGCCAUCAGUUGCCAAAAAUCUUGCACGUGCCGAUGAAUACUUUGCCAAGAAGCGAGAAGCAGCUGAUUCUGAACCAACUUCUGUUUAAAUAUGCAACACUUGUAUGUCAUCAUCAUCAAUCAUCGUCAACGAAUUGGUUUCUUCUUUAGGAAGGCUUCAUUUAGUUAUUAUGUUAAUCGAUCCAUAAACUCCUUUUUGUAUUGAAGUUUUCUUUGGUUCUGGUUUUAAUUAAAGUCUUAAUGUUGUAUAUCAUAUUACAUUUUGUUUAGCCAUCAAAAUAUCUUGAAAAAUAAAAAAAUGAGUGCAUUUUUUGCUUGUCAA